CACUUUUCUGAAGCGCAAGAUUUAAAGACGAUCACAAAAUAUCGCGAAAGAUUUCUUCCGUGUGAAAUCGUUUCAAUUGCGCUUUUUCUUAAGGAAAUUCCGAAAUGGUUAUUUCUUAAUUAAAAUUGAUAGGUUCAAGGACGUGCUUCUGGAUCCCUUUAUAAUUUAAUGCAUGAUUCAACGCAGAUAUGAAUGGACUUGAUGACGUUUUUGCGGCGAGUGGCGAUGAAGACGUCUACAGUGGCACCACGGACUUUCUGCACCCCCAAAUUUGCAGAGACACCCCCGCCGACGUAGAACGGAUGAGAAAGAUCCUGGCGAAAGAUGGCUUUGCCUUGGAGAGAAGAGACCUGCAUUCCGCCCAUGAGCUGACUCCUCUGCAAAGUGCUGUCAAGUAUGGACACCACCGAUGCGUUCAAUUUUUGCUUGAUCUCGGUGCUGACCACACGCUGCGAACCAGGGACAAUAAGAAUGAUCUCUUAGAACUGGCAGUCUGGGGCUACUCAAACGAGUCUGUGAUAAAACUCCUCCUCGACUUCGGUCUUAGUCCAAACUUUAAGUGGGUGGAAAAUGCGAAGGUUCGGUACAACAAAGCCUAUUACCUCACAUGUGCAAUGCGCAGUGGAAUCUCAGCAGCCCAAAUCCUUCUAGACUACGGUGCGGUGAUCAAUGACUUUGUCGGCUACAGCAUAAACUUCAACAACUGCGAGCAUUUUGUUGCCUCCUUCAACGCAGUGAUUGAGUGCAAAUCGGAUAUUUUAAAAUUUCUCCUUCUGAACGGCGCCCCGGUCGAUGCCCGGCAAGCUCGACUGCCUGACAACGCCGACCCCGUGUCCAAAGACUGUCUGUCGCUGAUCCACCACUUUGUUUGCUCCAACGGGGAAAAGGGGUUUGAUGAGGAGUGCAAAAUCCUGAACCUGCUGCACCAGUUCGGUGCCAAUUUGUGGGAGAGGAACCGACUCGGACUGACUCCACUCCAAGUGCGUAGCAACCGACCAGUGUGGAACAGGGAAAGGCACCUCCGAGACAUGGACUGGUACGUGCAGCGACCCAACGAGGGUGUUUUCUUCAGAACGACCGAGUAUUUGAGGCAUUUGAUGUCUGCACCGCUGUCUUUGUCCAGCCUAAGCCGACUAACGAUUAUUAGGACGAUGUCAAUGAACUACUUCAGGGACUUGCACAAACUCCCACCUCUGCCAAGGAAGGUUAUGGCGUAUUUGCGCUGUUGGGAGUUGUUAGAUAGGCCCAUUUAUGAAAUUUAUUAACCCUUCAAACCGCUCAAUUUUUCCUUUAUUUCACUAUAUUUUAAUUAAAUAUGAAGCAGAUGUGAAGUUAGUUAUUUUUCUUGAUUUUGAAUAUCAAUGCAACAUCGAUAUAUUUAUCACAAGAAAAUAUUUAUUAUAACUACUAAAUCAAAAAUUCUUUUUCUCUGAUGGCGAAGUUGGAGUCGUGACCGGCGGCGUUGUAGGCUCCUGCGGCUCGGUGAAGCCUUGCGGAACGUAAUACGUUUUGGUGGCCGGCUUGUAAAGUGGGUUCAUUCCACUCAUAUUCGACCUUUCAGUGGCCUCAACGAACUUCAUAUAAUCAUAUCGGUCCUUUGCCGCCACGAUUGACCGCCACAAAAGCAAAAGGAAGAGUCCAAUAAGAACUAUCGCGAUUAUAAUUAUUCCCAUGGCGAUAGCCGCUGCAUUUGGUCUCGGGUUGCAAGUCUGUAAUUAAAUUUCGUUGAAUUAAUACUUAUGUAUAUUUAAAAAUUCCAAUUUACUCGCAAAUUAAUGUAUCAAAUAAAGACUAGACCGUUUGCAAAAUUUUUGAUAUA